AUUUGAUAGGCAAAUUUUGGUCGAAAGAGAUUUCCUGGUUUUAGCAGAAACAUUUUUUGGCCCCAAAUGAUCGUCGAAAAGUUCCGGGGUUCUGUUCUGCCACCUUGAUGUAACCCUACCAACUCAAAGAAUCGUAUAUAUUCAGUCAUCGAUAUAUUUUCUACGAAGCAUCCACGCUGCCUUUCGAAAGAAUUGUUUUUUAAAACCAAAUGUUUGCGUACAUCAUAGUUUUUUAUAUUUGCAUGAACUACUGCUUAUCAAUAUAAUUUUAACUAUAACUUCAUCAUUCCAAGCUGCUAUAAAAACUCCCAAACUAAACUCAUGUUAUAAGAACCUAACGAAAAUUCAAUAUAGCAUACAUCAACUAAAACUUAACAUUUUAACGUUUAUUUACAGCACAUCAAAAGUGAUCGAAGUAUUAUUUUCAUAUCAUGAGUCAGUAAUAUUCAAAGUACACUUAUUAUGGGUUCUGUGUGUUUGUAUAAACUGAAAUGAUAAUUUUGACAAAAUGUGUAGUUACGAAAAAGUGUAGCGUUUUCAAACAAGACUGGAAAUGACGAAAGAUUUAGGCCUAAUAAGUCUGCGAACUAUUCAGAUACAUUUGCAACGAAUCCAUAAAUUCGUAGUUUAAAUUUUACAGAUAAUAUUGUUUUUAGGUCAAGUUGGGUGAUGGAAGCAAGUAUUCAGUCAAGCUUGAGCAUGGAGAUUUCUCCUGUGGUGAAUCUCAAAGAUGUGAUCUGAAUAGUGAUAAUCAGUUAAUAAUCGACCACAUUUUUAAAUAUGAGUUGUCCACCAUAGAUGUUGCGUCUUUAGAUUCGUUGUGCUCGCAGCCUUUUGUGUGUAAGUUACAUAAAUUUAAAUAAGUGAUAGGCCAGUGACUGUUUACGAACACAAAGUAAAAGACAAGAAACAAAAGGAAGCCAAAACUGAGUUGUGCGGUCAGACGACUUUUGAUUGCUUACCACUAGUAAAAAAUUCGACUAAAUAUGAGUUGAACUUGAAAUUAUUCAGCCAGUUUUCUACAACAUCUCUUGACGAUCUUGUACGACAUAAUUAUUUUUUGAAUUUCGUUUCUUAUCUCAGCCAACUGUUGAUAUUUUAGUUUCAGUUGACCAACCACUUUUAAAUGAUGAAGUUUAUGAACAACUGAAUAUCAUUUAUGUCAAUAUUGAGUCAAUUCAAAAUGUCCCCGAAACGUUCCACACAAAAGAUCACUAUACUUUUGUUGCUGCACUACCAUUGAUUACCUCGAGUGAAGUCUGUUAUGAAAUUUUUACUUUAAUGACAGUAGAAUAUAGAAAACGCAAUCAUUUCUAGCAAGGGAUAUUUGAAAUCGCCAUCCGAUGCAGAAUACAUCAGCACUUCAUUUAGGUGGCCUGCCCCUGGAAGUGCACGGAGUUUUGCAGAUAUUAUGCAAACCAGUUUUCCGGAGAUUACUCUAGCAUUGAAUAAAAAAGAAGAUGGUGACUUUCCAAUAGGACAAUAUUCGACUCUUAGAAAUUCAGCUAAUUCUAUAAAAAAUAAAGUUGUUUGGAAUCAGCAACACAGGCGCUUGCUGAACAGGACAUCACAGUUGAAGCAAGUUUUGACAUGUAAAUGAAUGAACUCAUGAACUUUUAGACUGAAAGAAAGAAUUUCAGCUUAUAAAUUUUUACCAGUGGAGGUGUUUUGCAUGCAGGGCAGCUCAUCUGGAAGAAAGAAAAAGGACGAUGAACCCACCCAUACUCAUCAUGGUGUAGCUUAUGUUAAUUUAACUCCGCUUCUCUACCCAGGUGUGGAUUACGUUCGUGGGGCAUACAAAAUAUAUCCUUUUAAUCAGAAAGAAUAUGAAGAAAAGACAAAACGUCAAAAUAGCUUACUUCGAGAUGUUUUAAAUAAAGUUUCAGUUCAAAGUACCCCAAACGUACAGACAGAUAAAAAGAAAACACAGCUUAAUGUUCCAAAACAUGAAAGGAAAACAAGCGUCACAGGUGCUAAGACCACAGGCAGAAGUGCUAGUGCACUUGAGGCGGAAACUGGAGAACGUAGUGAAAUCGAAAGACAAAAAUCCAAUUUAACACCAAACACCACAAACGAACAACCUACUGAUCAAGUACAAAAUACUGAAGCUCAACAAUAUUUAGAUGCACAAUCAUUUAUAAUGCUAGAAUUUCGUUUAGAAAAACCAUUGGUUAAAAAACGAACUUUAGAAGAAAUUGACCAAAAAGUUUCUACUUAUAUAACUGAAAAACAACCAGUUGUCAAACGUCACACCACAGCUGAAAAAGCGGUUAAGGAAUAUCACAAGCAAAUAGCAGAAGUUGCUAAUUAUUUGUUAAUGGAGUUCAAAGUUAUGUUUUCUGAUCUUAUACAAACAGAUCAAUUACCAGUAGAUCAUGAAUGCGCUGAACAAAUGAAACAUGAACUAUAUUAUUCACUGAAUACAUCUGGGAAAUAUUUCGCAUUUAAAGAACGUUUAAAAUUUGCUGUAAUUAAAAUAGUUAGAGAAAAAUUCUUUCGUACUAAACCAUUUACUGAUCAAGAACAAUUACAGCUUUUUCUGAGAGAUCUCUUUGUCUAUCUUGUGGACGAAAUGCACAUUGGUUUAAAGAAAGUAUUUUGUACAAGAGAUUUUACGAAGAUUCCAGAACUGAAUUUCUUUGAUCCAGAAACUUUAUUACGCUAUGCUCGUGAGGCUGAACAAAAUCAGAUGUAUGACUGGGCAGUUAAAUAUUAUCGAGAAAGAAUUGCAAGAAAUCCUAGUUCAUCAGCCUAUUGGCUCGACUUCGGUGUUUAUUAUUUGGGACGAAAUGACUUAGAACAAGCUGCAACAUGUUUCCACCGUUCUUUAACCAUAGAUCCUAAACAAAGCACUGGAUUAGUUUUAUUUGGUCUUGUAUCCGCCAUGCAAAAUUUUAAUGAAGAAGCUACUGACUUUUUAGAAGCUGCAGUGUCUCACGAUCCUAAAAAUCCUGUUCUAUGGGUCAUACUUGGUUUAUUUUAUGAAACAAUAUCCAACGACAUUGGUGUAGAUAUGGCUUUAAACGAAGCUAGAAGAUUAGAUGAAGGUGAUGAACAAGAAAUUGUUAGCUCGCCAAAAAGUGAAUCAAAUGAUAAUUUAUUAAUAAAUCAACGUCAAUCAUCAAAUAUUUUAUCUGACGGCUCACAGAACGAUGAACGAAUUAAUAAAUUAUCCAAGGAAUCAACAAAUGAUGAAAUAUUAGAAGAAAGUGUAGAUAAUUUUAAAAUAACUUUAAAUGAAUUAGAUAAAGAGAGUAAUCGAUCUAUUAUAAUUGGUGAUGCAAUUAAAGAUGAUGUUGAUAGAAUAAAUGAAGUUAAAACAAGAAAAAGUCGUUAUUCUAAAGCUCCAAAAUCAGGUACAAAAAUUUCAACUGAUAUACAAUGUGAAUCAACAUUGAUACCAUCAACAGUCUGUGAGAAGCCAUCAAGAAUGAGUUUAUUUAUUAGAACAGCUGAAUUUCUUUUGGAUAAAAAUAUGUAUUCGUUUGCAUCUAUGGCUCUGGCUCAUGAAUUAAUAGCACAGAAAAAAGAAUUAGAAUAUCAAACAAUUACUUAUGAGCCUCAAACAAUAAUAUCAAAUUCAGUACCUAAUUUACAAUUACAAACUGAUACGCAUACACCUAUACAAACACAAUCAUCUAGUGAUAAUCAAAAUCCAACAAAUUUUUCAACUGCUGGUUUAUCUACAAUAACUAAUCGAAUUUCUUCAACAAAUAUUUUAUUUCAUCGUGUAUCUGAAUAUCAUUUACUUUGUGCACGUUUAUCAAUGAAUUCAUAUAAACAAGAUCUAUCAGAAGCUGAAUUCAAUGCUAGUUUAAUUAUUGAAGCUGAUCCAGAAGCUGUAGAAGCUUGGGCAUGUUUAGGUCAUUUACGUUAUAUUGCUGGAGAUUUAAAUGCAGCACGUUCUUGUUAUGAACGUUGUUUAUGUUUAAUAACAUGGCCACCUAAAGAUCAACAUAUUUUAUUGUUACGUUUAGGUUCGAUUUAUUUACAACAGUUGAAGUAUAAAGAAGCUAAAGAUAUUUACUUACGUGCAUGUAAAAGCUCUCCAACUUGUGCUACAUGGCUAGGUGUUGGUAAAGCUUGUUAUAGACUAGAGGAACUAGAAAAUGCCGAAGAAGCUCUCACUGAGGCUAAUUAUAUUAAUAAUAGAAAUCCAGAAGUUUGGGCUUAUUUAUCUAUGAUAUGCUUAAAAACAAAUCGAUGUACAGAAGCCGAACAAUCCUUUAAAUAUUGUAUUAAAAUGAAAUUAAAUGAUACUGAAUUGUUGAAUGAAAUACACACCCUUCAGAUGGAAGUUGGUUGGGGCAAUCCUCUUGCUUACUGGGUAACGUCUUAUUCACAAUGA